GAAAUCUCGAAUGCUAACUUGGGAAAUCGCAGUUUGGAAGAGUGGGUUCGAGCUGCACGGCAAUCAAUGAAAGAAACUUUUUCAAACCGUGAUGACUCUCCAACACUAGGAUUUUUUGCAGACAAGCAAAUCACAAGAGAAUUUGUUACAAGCGUUACCAUAGAUCAAGGAGAAAAAAAAGAGUUGUACAAUGAUGUCAUGAAAGUGCUGGGGGAAUGGCUGGAACCAGAUACUUUAAGCACAGCCAUUGCCCCAAACAAUUCUUUAAAUUUGUCCAAAAUACCACCUGUAUAUUUAGACUUUGGUCUUGACCCACAUUUCGAAACUAUAUACACGCUUUCCAGGCCAGAGAUUGUACACAAACUAUUAACACCUGCAUCUGACCUGGAGGACAUGUGGAUUCUAGUUAAUCUUGUAAAUGACAUCAACACUAUUUUAAACAUGGAAGAAUCUUCAAAAGAUAAAGGAAAGGAAAGCCAAAUUAUAAGCAAACAGGGUGAUAAUUUUUAUCGGACAACUUCGGAUAAAUUAAAGCCAAACAGUAACAUCCCAGCUCCAGCUCUUGAGAAAGUUAGGCCAAGUGUUCCAAACUACAGUGCUGGGCAUGUUCUCAAUACUACUUUGGCUUCUGUCAGACUAGAGCCAGUCGAUGUCAUAGCCCCAAGAGGAGCCAGGAAGACAGUGAGAGUGAAGAGGAGUUUAGUAAGUGCAAUAUUAAACUGUUAUUGAUGUGUGCUUUUUUUCUAUGUUACAAUGUUCCAUGUUUUUGUGUGCUGUAUUAUAAUGUUCUAAGUUAGUUUUUGUUCGAUUCAGUUUUCUCUUGCCAGAAACAUAUCCAAAAAUAUAUAAUGAAUUUGAUAAGUACGCAAGCAGAUUCCGAAAAAAAAGCCACACUUUUCACCCCAAUAGGGUGGGCUUAACACUUAGUACACUACAACAAUAAUAACAAGCAAAAAAAAAAUUUAAAAAUUCGCAAGAACUAGUGUUUAUGCUGAAUGGUUAGGGUUAAGGUUUAAUACUGGUCUUAACGUUAAGGUUAGGACUUAAACUUGAGUUUAUGAACAAUGGAAAGAAAGGGUGCAGCAAAUAUGCACGAGCUGCCAAUAAUCACGAGCUGCCAAUAAUCACGAGCUGCCUGUACUCAGAACAUAACGAUAAUGGUAACUAGGCCCUAAUUGUUUUAUUAUUUUUUUUUAGAAAUCUGUUACAUACAUUUAAAACCUUCAUUAUUUAAGAAACGUUUGUCUGCCUUUUAAAUCUCACCCUGGGUCAUCCCCAGCUUUAAUUCAGAUGGGUUGGGCUCUUCAGCUCAGUAAGCAAUUCAUCCUUUGUAGGAGAAAAGCAUCCGGCAAAAAAACUCCCUUAGAUGCUCACCAGUACAAACAUAUCUUGUCCAAGUUGAAAAUAAUGGGUCAUCUAAGAGCAAUUUAAUUGGAACAUUUGCCGUAAACUCAUUGCUAAGUAACAUUGCAACCGGAUAAAUCUGGAUUAACUAAAACAACAAAAACUAUAAUUAUUUACUAAUGUUCAUAAAUUUUUAAACUUCUUCAGUUUAAUAAAUAUUUUUCAAUUUUUUAAAGAAAUGGAAGUGGCCAGCUGCUAGCUGGCAGAAGGAAGCGGAUGAUGGGCUCGAUAUUGAC